GAUAAGCCAUCCAGUUCGGUAGUACCAUAAGAACGAGCGAGAAACGACGGACUAGAAAAGGUCGAUGAAGAAAACUUCACUCGCUUCUACAAGCACAGAUGCUCUGCGACAUAGUGAUCAAUUCCUAUCUCGAUCUGGUUUGUGUUCUCGUGGCACUUCUUUAUUUCGAAGCAUCACAUGCGAAAAAGGACAAAAGGGAGAUCCAUGGCAUGAACUUACUAACCAAUACAAAGACCAAAUCACAAAGCAAAAGCCAAAGCAAUCAAGGAAAUCCAUCGGGGGCCAAAACAGAGGAGAGAACUCAUAACUGUCGUGAGGAAAGGGGGCGCCUUCAGUUCGGGCUUUUGAAUGGGGAGGUUGAUGAUCUCUAGCUUCACACAGCAGAUGUGUACUUUCUGGAGCGUUUCGUUACUUGGAGCAGAACAGGGAUAAUGUCAAGUCAUGAAGCGCGAAAAUAAACACAGAAGAAAAAGUUGAUGAAGUCCUUAGUCUCGAUGUUUUCUGCACUUUUUUAGGGUGGAUUUGGAUGCUUCUUUUUUUCUACUGUAUGUUACUCGGGGAGUGCUUCGCAGGUUGUUUGAAGCUCUCAGGACCCCAUCAGGCUACACGACUACGGAUACAUGGACUGGACAUGGUAGACUAUACCAAUUGCCAUCUACUUCACACACAGGGCCAUGCCCAUGGAGGUCAGAAUCUCCACGCUUCGUUCCGACCAACAUGGUGUGACCUCGAGGACCAUUAGGAGGAGGUGAUUGGAGGAUCAUGGACCUCGAUCCCAGUAUGAGUUCUGUCCUGCAUAAUCUCUACAGCAAGAGAUUGUAGCACGUUUUUCAUUGAAAUCGUGAUUACAAAACAACGUACUCGAUGACUUUGGGAACUCUUGGAUCAUUCCUGAUUACUCGAUGCU